AUGUCGUCGGACAUACCUACGCCUGAACUCAGUGCUGAUGCCCUGUCUCCGCUGGCUGCUACAAGCAAGCCGCAACGCGUACUCUCGUGCUUGCUAUGUGCGCAAAGAAAAGUCAAGUGCGAUCGGAAAUCUCCCUGUUCCAACUGCAUUAAAGCUGGCGCACAAUGCAUAUCCGCUGCGACGAUACCCCGGCAGCGACGCCGCAGGUUUCCUGAGCGGGAGUUGCUCGAUCGCCUGCGCCACUAUGAGGAUCUCCUAAAGAAGAACGGCAUUUCCUUCCAGCCCUUGCAUGCGUCUGCGAGUCCGUCAACCCGAUCCGACGAAAGAGGCGACAGUCGCUAUCUGGAGGGAACAAAAGCUCAGUCAUCCUUCACCGCAGAUACUGAAAAUGCUCAAGCCAAGAGUUUUUGGCAUGCCAUGAAUCGAAGAGCACACGAUGCUGAUGAUAACGUUAGCGACGAUGAUUCUGAUCACAGUGGCUCUUCGCGACACAUGUUACGACAAGCACAGAUUGUGAAAGCAUGGGAUCAUCUCUAUGCACACGAACUACACCGCAGCGAAGACCUACUAUUUUGCUCGCGUAGUGCAGAUAUUAACCUCUCAACCCUGCAUCCACCACAAACCCAGAUCUUCAAACUCUGGCAACUGUACCUGGAAAAUGUCGAUCCACUAUUGAAGCUCACCCAUACGCCCACUCUCCAAGCACGUAUCAUCGAUGCUGCUAGCAAUAUCACCAACAUCGAUCGUAAUUUGGAGGCUUUGAUGUUUUCCAUCUACUGCAUGGCUAUCUUCAGUCUCAAUCAAGAGCAGUGUCAAUCGAUGUUUGGAAGGCCUAGGCCAGACAUCAUUAGAGGCUACCAGCUAGGCGCAAGAGAGGCGCUGGUAAACUGUGAUUUCCUAAAGUCCAGCGAUCGAGAGUGUUUGACAGCCCUUCAUCUAUACCUGAUCUCGCUAAAGCCGGACACUGAUCCGCGGUCAUUGUCGUCCAUGCUAGGAGCUGCUGUUCGCAUUGCCCAACGGAUGGGUAUCGACACAGAAUCUACCAACACCAGGCAUUCCGUGCUAGAGGCCGAGCUCCGCAGGCGACUAUGGUGGUCUCUCACACUAUUCGAUAAUCGUAUGGCCGAGAUGACUGAGUGCAAGACCACUAGUUUGCUUCCCACGUGGGACUGCAAACCUCCGCUUAACGUCAACGAUUUCAGUUUACGAGCUGAGAUGAAGACUCCGCCUGUCGAGUUUGUAGAAAUAUCCGAAGCACUGUUUGCAGUUGUGCGGAGCCAGAUUGGCAACUUCGUGCGCCAAAGCUCCUCUCACCUGGAUUUCAUCAACCCGGCCCUGAAAACCUUUUCCAAGAAGGCAUCUGUCUCUCCCUAUUCGGAACUCGAUGAACUUACCGCGUUCGAUUCGAUGAUGGAGCAAAAGUAUCUCGCGCAUUGUGAUGCCCAGAACCCGCUGCACUUCCUGACUAUAUGGACGGCACGCGCGUCGCUUGCAAAAAUCGGAUUUGCGCACUACUUAUCGACCAACUCGCAGAAGUUUGGACAGGAGAGUGACGAGCAACGCAACCUUGGUCUUGCUUUUGCGCUUCGGCUGCUUGAGUGCGAUACGAUGCUUAUGACAUCACCCCUCAUCAAAAGCUUCCGUUGGGUCGUCUACCUGAACUUCCCCUUCCCCGUCUAUGUUCAUCUUGUUCAAGCAUUGAAAAGGCAGCCACUGGGCGAAUAUGCAGACCGAUCGUGGCAGGCAAUGAGCGAUAAUUGUGCCGCUCGUUUGAUGGAUCUCGAGAAAAAGGACAGUCCGGUGGAGACCAAGCCCAACAACCCCUUCUUCACCAUAUUUGCGGGGCUUGUACUUCAAGCUUGGGCUGCGCGUGAGGCAGUUUCUGCACAGUCAGAGCCACCUAAGAUUGUGACGGAUAUCAGAAGGAAGAUGGCACUCGUGAACGAAAGAGCGGCGGAAGUGCAAUUCCACACACCAGGUUCCGAUAGCGCCAACCCACAGACAUCCGAGCUCAUGGACUUGGAGAGUCUCGGCUCCCAUUUAGGAGUUACCGGCAGCAUGAAUAUGGACGGUGGGGCUUUCCCUAUGGACCUCACACAAGCUCCGAUCAACUUCAAUGGCAGUCCAUGGACUUGGCCGAUCCCUAGUUGGAGCGCAAUGCCUGGUCAAGGCUGGUAA